AUAAUUUUCAAAAAUAUAAAGAAUUAAUAAAUGAAAAUGUUGACAGAAAAAUUAUUCGAUAUAUAGUUUUUCAAUAUGAAUAUACUAAAACACGUAAAAAACAUAUUCAAGGAUUCUGUAUACUAUGGACACAAUUGAGAUUGAGAAAUUAUAAAUAUAGUAAAAAAGCUUCAACAAUUAAAAGUAUUUUUCAAGACGAAGAAAUGUAUGUUGAUUAUCAUAAUAGAAUAUUUGAAGACAUGAUUAGAUAUUGUAAGAAAGAUAGAAAUCGAUGUUCAAAACAUUAUCCUUAUUGCAGAUGUAAUUUUUUUGAUUUAACAAAAAUAUGUGACAAAUGUGAUGAAAAAUUACCAACAAAUAAUAACACUGAAGGAUUCAACCAAUAUAUAGAAGAACAAAAAAAAAUACAUAAACAAACGAUUGAAGAUAUCAAAGAACAAAUCAAACCAAUAAAUAAAAUCGUUAUCGACGCGUUUGUUAAUUCAGGAAUCGCACUACAUAUAAUCAAAGAACUUUACAACACAAUUCGAGAUAGUCAAAAGAAAUCAUUCAAGAGGUGUUUUACUCCUUGCAACAUCUAUAUUUAUGGUGACUCGAGAACAGGAAAGGAUUACUUAACACAAAUACUUUUUUCUAACACAUAUCAUAAGUCGCAAAAUGAUGAAAAAUGGUUUGAGAGAUAUGACGAAAAUAAAGUUUUUGUAUUUGAUGAUUUUUAUAAUCACAACAUGGAAUUUUCGACUCUGUUGACAUUAAUCGAUAACAAACCACAUACCGUGCAGAAAAAAAGCGGGCAUCUAAAUUUUUGUUUGUUUGUAAAUAUAUUCACGUCAAAUACAUCUUUGCAAAAUCAAUAUGUUUAUUUCGAAGAUGCCCCAUAUUUUGGAAAUGAGACUGUUAAAAUAGAAAACAAAAGAAAAUAUUCCUCAAUUUAUAAUCGAUUUGACUAUAUUAUUGAGUACAAAAAGUUUAGAAAUGAUGAUAUACGCCCUUGUGUAUUUGAGUAUCUUUGUUGUUCAGUAAAAAGAAUUUUUCAAAAGGGCUCAUAUGAAGAUUUUGUCAAUCUUCGAUUUGACAUCGAAUUCAAUUCUGAUGUUACUCUCGAACAAAUUGCUUAUAUAAUCAGGAAUCAUAAUUCAUUAGAAGACAGCAAAGGAAUUCGAUACUAUAACCAUAAUUUUAAUUCACAAAUUGACAAAUUUGAAUUAAUAGACCAUAGAAUUGAGAAUGAUAAACAUGUUAAUAUGAUCAUAUAUCCUGAAGUAAGAAGAAAAUUAGAAAAUAGUUUACAUAGAACUAAAAGAAAAAAAAUACAAUUCAAAGGUUAUGUCGAGAAUAAACUUGAUUAUGUAAUUGAAGAUUUAAAUAAUGAUGAAAAAUACGAUUCAGAUGUAUCAAUAUCUUCAUUGUCUUCUAACAAUUCUGAGAUAACAAAACAUAGAAAAAAAAGAAAGGCUGUUUUGUAA